ACCUGCUCUCUGUGGCUGAGAUGGUGGCCCUGGUGGAACAGCGGGCUGCCCUGGCCCUGCAGAACUACCCCCACCCCGGCACCCCAGCGCCUGUGGUCUUUGUGUCGGCAGAGCAGGGUGGUUCUGCCAAGGGGCUAGGGUCUGAACGGCGGUCUGGUGGCGGGGACUGCAGCCGUGUGGCUGAGGCGGUGGCUCAUUUCGAGGCCCAGCGGGACAACCCUCCAGCCAAGGGCCUCCGCAAGGAGGAGAGGCCUGGGCCAGGCCCCGGGGAGGUACGCAUCGCCUUCCGUAUCUCCAAUGGCCGAGAGCCCCGUGCACCAGACGGCAGCUUGCCCAACGGGAGUGGGGGCCGGCCAGGCUGUGCCUACCCGGGCAGCCCAGGACCAGGGGCCCGAGCCAAGGACAAGAUUACCUGUGACCUGUACCAGCUCAUCAGUCCCUCUCGGGACGCCCUCCCUAGCAACGUGGAGUUCCUUCUGGCCAGGGCGGAUGAAGCCAGCGAGGGGGAGGCCCCAGCCCCUGCCAGGCCCGAGGACACUCCCCCGGCACCCCCUCCACCCCCUGCCCGGGACUGCGGAGCAUCCGGCUUCCACGUGGAUGUGGUGGUGACAGGCGUGGUGGACGAGUGCAUCUUCUUCGGCAAGGAUGGUACCAAGAAUGUGAAGGAGGAGACGGUGUGCCUGACGGUCAGUCCUGAGGAGCCACCCCCACCUGGCCAGCUCUUCUUCCUCCAGUCCCGGGGGCCGGACGGGCCUCCCGAGCCACCCCCAGCAGACUCGCCGGCCACUGCACCGGGCCCAGAUGAUGCUGAGGGCACAGCAGACACCUCCCUGUGCCGCCUGUACCGGCACGUGUCACACGACUUCCUGGAAAUCCGCUUCAAGAUCCAGAGGCUGCUGGAGCCACGGCAGUACAUGCUUCUGCUUCCCGAGCACGUGCUGGUCAAGAUCUUCAGCUUCCUGCCCACCCGGGCCCUGGCCGCCCUCAAGUGCACCUGCCACCACUUCAAGGGCAUCAUCGAAGCGUUCGGUGUUCGGGCCACAGACUCGCGCUGGAGCCGAGACCCCCUCUACCGCGAUGACCCUUGUAAGCAGUGCCGCAAGAGAUACGAGAAGGGCGACGUGUCACUCUGCCGCUGGCACCCUAAGCCCUACCACCAUGACCUGCCUUACGGACGCUCCUACUGGAUGUGCUGCCGCCGAGCCGAUCGAGAGACACCCGGCUGCCGCCUGGGUCUGCACGAUAACAACUGGGUGCUGCCCUGCAAUGGGCCUGGUGGGGGCGGGGGCCGGGCUGGCCGGGAGGAGGGGAGGUGAAGCCAGGGGAGGGGGGCAGCCCACCAUGCCCGCCCCUCUCCGUGGGUGCCGAGCGCCAGGAUUUGGUCACCAGCCCUACCCCCAGUCCGGGCAGCGUUCAUCCCCCUCUAGACUGAGCUGGGGUUCAGGGGGAUGACCGAAGAAAGCACUCUGACUGACCCCUAUUGGUUUUCUAUUCUUGAGACCCCGGGGCCAGGGACCCUCGUGGAGGGUGUUUUUAUAGCAUCUCAAGUUUCUUCUCCAUUCAGCCCUAGCACCCCCUUCCUGCCACUCGACACCCCAGGGACCCACCAGCAGGGAGCAGACGGCAGCUAAUUUUGGUACUACUUAAGGGUUCCCCCAUCCUGGCCCCCUUCUGCUCCCCCCUAGCCAUCCCCAUUCUCUGCUCUGGGGCUGUGUUCUCUCUCCCAAGAGGCUGCAGCACCCAAGGCUGGUACCUCUCCUAACCUGUGCCAGGGCUCACCUCUUCAGGAAUCGGGGGCCAUUCGAUCACGGAUCAGAUUAGGUACGUUUCAUGGCAGCCUGCCAUUUCUACAUGUUUUCCCCAUUAAAACAAUAAAAAUCCGUUUUCCCCUUAACCUCAAGCUACUAGUCUCUCCACUUCCCCCAAAGGGGAAGAAAAAAGAAAGUUGAACUAUAAAAAUUUCCCUCCUCCCAUUAUUUAAGUUGUUUACCAUCACCACCGCUUUAAAAAAAAAAAAAGCUGUGAAGCCCUUUGCCUCGCUCUUGACGGCGUGGGGGGCCAGUGGGCAGGGCUGUGGGUUUGAGUUUGGUUGUUUUCCUUCUGCUCUGGGUACUUGUUCAGGCUUUAGGGCCUCCACCCUGAGCCACAUGUUUCUUUAGGAAAAGCCUUUGGUUAACGGAGACCUUGAUUUUUCAGGCAAUUGGGUCUGGGGCAUUUUUGUUUGUUCUGUUUGGGGUUUGUUUUUUUGUUGUUGUUCUUGUUUUUUCCUCCCUGUGGUUCUGGAAGCCUCUGGCGUGUGGCAUCUGACCAAUUUUGAAUUGGUCCUUUCUAUAAAAUCCAUAUUUAUAAGGCUGA